GAGAAGGGCGCGAGAUAGAAAUUGCAGAGCGCGGACGGAAUGAUUGUUCCGCCGCAGCUGAUCGUUUCCUGGCUGCACAGUCCAGCUGAAAACUCCAACCACCUCCACUGCUGCUGGCUGCUACAUUAAAAUAUUAAUAAAGCAGUGAACGUCGUGAUAUUUUCCUAUCACAUUUGCACAUGACGUGCGGCGGCGGAGGCAGGCAGAACCACUGGGUGACUGUAAACUAGAAGAAAACAGAGGGAAAUGUCCUGGUGGCCGCGCGGUGAGGAUGGAGACGACGCCAUGCAUCAGGACACUGAUUCUGAUGUGGCCGAGCAGAGGGACGGAGGGAAGGGGAAGGUGAAGUGGACACAAGAUGAGGAUGACAAGUUGAAAGCGCUGGUCCACAAACUGGGAUCCAGUGACUGGAAACACAUAGCCAACUUCAUCCCAAAUCACACAGAGCAGCAGUGCCAGCACCGCUGGUUUAAGGUCCUCGAUCCAGAGCUGGUCAAAGGUCCCUGGACCAAGGAGGAGGACGAGAAGGUCAUCGAGCUCGUGAAUCUCUACGGCAACAAGCAGUGGGCAAUGGUGGCCAAGCAUCUGAAGGGUCGGCUGGGGAAGCAGUGCAGAGAGCGCUGGCACAACCACCUCAACCCCAACGUGAAGAAGUCGUCAUGGACAGCCGAGGAGGACCUCAUCAUCUACAAAGCCCACUGCCUGCUAGGAAACCGUUGGGCCGAGAUCGCCAAGCUGUUGCCCGGAAGGACGGACAACGCCGUCAAGAAUCACUGGAACUCCACCAUCAAACGCAAGCUGGAGAUGGGCUUCUACGCCCGAGAGGUGUUCAGACCGAACGAGCUCGAAGAGCUGUUGGCACGCCUGAAUAAAGACUCGCAGGGGGGCAGCAGCUGUCAAGAUGCUUCAAGCAAAGAAAUGGAGCAGAAAGACCAGCUUCCACUGCAGAAAGCGCCGGCUGCCAGUGAAGCAGAGCCAUCCAAAGCCGUCUCAUCACCGAGGGACGAUUCAGACAUCAAGAUGGAAGUUGACCCUGGUGAGGAAGCCAGCAGUACCAACUGGGUGGUGGACAGCUCUGGUUUCCUUUCCCCCACUGGCCCCGCCCUGAAGGAAGUGCUCGACAUGGUGGAUGGGGACCUGGAUGGCUGGUGCAACCUGGCGGCCUUUGACCUUCCAGAGGACAGCCCCAGCCCCGAGCGCCACCAGUUCCGCCUGGAGGGCUCUGCCCUGCAGGAGCUGAGCAAAGGCAGCAGGGGAGAACUCAUCCCCAUCUCCCCCGGGGGGAUCAGCCCGCCGUCCAUACUGACCCGCCGCAGCCGGAGACGCGUCACACUGUCUCCAGACGGCGCACACUCCAUGACGCCCAAGAGCACUCCGGUCAAAAUCCUGCCAUUUUCUCCAUCUCAGUUCUUGAACCUGUGGACGAAGCAGGACUCUCAUGACCUGGAGAAUCCCUCCCUCACGUCCACGCCAGUGUGCAGUCAGAAGGUCAUAGUGACCACACCGCUGCAGCGAGACAAGACCCCCCUCACCCAGAAGGAGAACUCAGUGUUUGUUACACCUAACCACAAAUCGGAGCUGAGCACAACCCCACGGACGCCAACGCCGUUCAAAAAUGCCAUGGAAAAGUACGGCCCCCUGCAGCCUCUGCCUCAGACUCCGAACCUCGAAGACGACAUCAACGAGGUCAUCCUGAGAGAGGCAGGCAUCAACAUGGUCGUCGUCCAGGCAACGCCGCCUGAUCCCCGCCGCAAAACAAUGCACCGCCCUCCUAUGAAGAAAGUUCGGAAGUCCCUGGCUCUAGACGUCAUGGACUGCCGGGUGGUGCCAAUAUCCAAGCGCAAAUCCAGCAAAGCGGAGGCCAAACGCAGCAUCAAGGAAGAACCGGUGACGGUUUGUCUCAACUCGUCGUUUUGCAGCAAGAGGCAUGAAAACAUAUUAGACCAGGGCUUCCUGUUGGGACCGAGCGACACGGCCAUCUUUCCCAGCGCAGCAUCUCCUGCACCCAUGUCAAAAGAAUGGAAGAAGGUGGUUUGUGGGCAAACUAAAGACCAGCUCAUAAUGACGGAGAAGGCGAGACGCUACCUCCGCUCUCUGAAGAGCCAUCCACCAAGCCGGGCUCUGAUUCUGUCCUGAGAUCCUUCUGCCUCCCUGGAAAACAAAGAAACGACAAACAAGACACCUACAGUUAAAAUGACUCAUGUUGCAGUGGUGCUUUACUUCCCAUUAUAGUUGAUCAUACUUGUUAGAAAACAACAGUGAUUCUAAGAGUAACAAAUCAGUGAAAAGUCAGGGUUUUACAUUGCAUAAUGUAUCUAAAAUGUAACCAUUUGUUUUGUAACGUUGUGAACUACAAACACUCGGGUAGAGUUUCCAUAUCUAGUCAUCGUAUGAAGAAGAUUUAGAUGUCAGUGGUAGGUUGAGGGAUCAUGUGGUUUUUAGGAUUUCCCCACCCCGCGGGGAGGAACCAACAUGUUCCAGUUACAUGAAUAAGUGGUAAAUAAAGUUGGCUCUCUACCUUGUUUUAUUAAGAAAAAAAUGGUUCAGCCUGUUAAAUUUUAGGCAAGAGUCAUAAAGCAGAGAACUUCACUGAGCACUGUUUAAAAGGUGGAUGUGUUGUAAGGCACUCUUUGUAAAUAUAUUUAGGCUAAAAUGUUUUACUCUUGUGACAGUUUGUCACAAGUGGAAUAAAAACAAAUG